GGUGGUUGCAGGAUUUUAUUCAGAAUGACUUUAGGAAGAGAGAUGUCUCCCCUUCAGGCAAUGUCUUCCUAUACUGCAGCCGGCAGGAAUGUUUUAAGGUGGGAUCUUUCACCAGAGCAAAUUCAAACAAGAACUGAGGAGCUCAUUGCACAGACCAAACAGGUGUACGAUGCCAUUGGAAUGCUUGACCUUAAGGAAGUAACUUAUGAGAACUGUUUGCAGACACUGGCAGACGUAGAGGUGAAGUACAUAGUGGAACGAACCAUGCUGGACUUCCCUCAGCAUGUCUCCUCUGACAAAGAAGUACGGGCAGCAAGCACAGAAGCGGAUAAAAGGCUUUCUCGUUUUGAUAUCGAGAUGAGCAUGAGAGAAGAUAUAUUUCUGAGAAUUGUUCACUUACAGGAAACCUGUGAUCCGGGGAAGAUAAAGCCUGAGGCCAGACGAUACUUGGAAAAGUCAAUUAAAAUGGGAAAAAGAAAUGGGCUCCAUCUUCCAGAUCAAGUACAAAGUGAAAUCAAAGCAAUGAAGAAAAGAAUGAGUGAACUGUGCAUUGACUUUAACAAAAACCUCAAUGAGGAUGAUACCUUUCUUGUAUUUUCCAAGGCUGAACUUGGUGCUCUUCCUGAUGAUUUCAUUGAGAGUUUAGAGAAAACAGAUGAUGACAAGUAUAAAAUUACCUUAAAAUAUCCUCACUACUUUCCUGUCAUGAAGAAAUGUUGUAUCCCAGAAACCAGAAGGAAAAUGGAAAUGGCUUUUAAUACAAGAUGCAAAGAGGAAAACACCAAAAUUCUGCAGCAACUACUCCCACUGAGGGCCAAAGUCGCCAGACUACUCGGCUACAGUUCACAUGCUGACUUUGUCCUUGAAAUGAACACCGCGAAGAGUACAAGCCAUGCCACUUCCCUCACAGAUGAUUUAAGCCAGAAAUUAAAACCCCUGGGUGAGGCAGAACGAGAGUUUAUUUUGAAUUUGAAGAAACAGGAAUGUGAAGAGAAAGGUUUUGAAUAUGAUGGAAAAAUCAAUGCCUGGGAUCUGCAUUACUACAUGACUCAGACAGAAGAACUCAAGUACUCCAUAGACCAAGAGAUCCUCAAGGAAUACUUCCCCAUUGAAGUGGUCACCGAAGGCUUGCUGAACAUCUACCAGGAGUUGUUGGGACUUUCGUUUGAACAAGUGGCAGAUCCUCAUGUGUGGAAUAAAAGUGUCACACUUUACACUGUGAAGGAUAAAGCCACAGGAGAAGUAUUGGGACAGUUCUACUUGGACCUCUAUCCAAGGGAAGGGAAAUACAACCAUGCCGCCUGCUUUGGCCUCCAGCCGGGCUGCCUCCUGCCCAAUGGCAGCCGCAUGAUGUCUGUGGCAGCCCUUGUGGUGAACUUCUCUCAGCCCCUAGCAGGCCGCCCCGCUCUCCUGAGGCACGACGAGGUGCGGACUUAUUUCCAUGAAUUUGGUCAUGUCAUGCAUCAGAUUUGUGCACAGACUGAUUUUGCACGAUUUAGUGGAACAAAUGUGGAAACUGACUUUGUAGAAGUGCCAUCACAAAUGCUUGAAAACUGGGUGUGGGACGUGGACUCCCUCCGAAGACUGUCAAAACAUUAUAGAGACGGAAGACCUAUUGCAGAUGAUCUGCUGGAAAAACUUGUUGCUUCCAGACUGGUCAACACAGGUCUUCUGACCUUGCGCCAGAUUGUUCUGAGCAAAGUUGAUCAGUCUCUCCAUACCAACACAGCACUGGAUGCCGCGAGCGAGUAUGCCAACUGCACAGAAAUUUUAGGUGUUGCAGCUACUCCAGGCACAAAUAUGCCAGCUACUUUUGGACAUUUGGCAGGGGGAUAUGAUGGCCAAUAUUAUGGAUAUCUGUGGAGUGAAGUAUUUUCCAUGGACAUGUUUUAUAGCUGUUUUAAAAAAGAAGGAAUAAUGAAUCCAGAGUUAAAGAGACACAAGAUAUGGAAAUAUAAAGGCACAAUUAUGACCUCUUAUAGGCUCUCGUUAGUUGGUGAGGUUUCCUGGUGUAAGUGCCACUGCAGUAUCCUCCUUUCCCUCCUCUGUGCUUCCGCUCUCAUGAGCACAGCCCAGUCCCCUCCACUGCGCUGUUCUCGGUCAGCUGUCAAGGCGAUAGCCAAAGGACGAGGUACGGAUCCCAGUGGAUCCCAAGGAACUGGCACGUCCCGCAGAAGCAGUCCUGCCAUUAUGUUUCUGAACUUCCUCCUGUUCUCAAGCUUCACAGCUUGGCAGGCAGCCAGACCACUCUUAAUUUAAACAAAGGGAUUGGGUUGAACUUGAAGAACGCAAGAUUCCCAACAACUUGGACUUGUUUCCUUGUGAUAUUAAAAACAGUUUUCAAUUUUACUGAAUUUUGGAUCCAACAGUUCUGUCUACUGUUACUCAUCUUAUGCCACGAAGCUGGCUUAAUUCCUUCUUUUUUCUUUCUUGUCAAAUACUCUGGAACAUCACACCGUUUGUUGCCCACCUGCUGUCACAGCACUAGUAACGUGGCUCCAGUGCCCAAGAGGAACCCCUUUGCACCCCCCGCUUACACACUUUUAUGGUGGGUACUGGACCAGCUUUUGAAAUAGCCAUUUUAUUCCCUCCUACAGUGUCCUGGUUGGUGGUGGUGGUGGUGGUUUGUAUCUUUACAAAUGUUUGCUCUGAAAUGCCACCUGAAUUUACAACAUUCAAAUACACACUAUUAAAAAUUAAUCUUUUGCUGUGACAAUCCUAUUUUACAAAAAAUGUAGGUCAUUAUUACAACUAUGUUGUGAUGAAGAGUAAGAAUUUUUAUGGUAUAAAGAGAAAGAAUUUUUAUAUUGUGAUGAAGAGACAGAAUUUUUAUUGCUUCAAUUUGAACACUGUGUUUACUCUGAAGUCAUGGGAAUCGAGUAAUCACAGUAUAUCAGGCAGAAUCUUUUGCUCAAGGCCCUCGCCCUUUCCAGCAUGUAUUUUCAUCAUUUUGAGAAGAUAGCAGGUCGGCCUUUCAAGGAGUUAGUACCUCCUAUUCUUAGCCUCCAGCCUCUAGAGAGGCUGGGGACUGAAAGAUCAUGAAUUGUUGGCCUCUUUGGUCAUGGUCAUUGGUAUCAGCAAAAGAACAUCGCCAGGCCUUCUCUCUGUAACCUCUGGCCAUCCUGCAAAGCCCAGACUUGGCUCUGAGAACCAUUACAUUUCUUAGCAAGCAGAGCUGUGGAAAGACUACAACUUACUGGGAAAACAGUAAUAGAAAGGAUCAAAUAUAAACCUGCAGUCUUUUGAAUGUCAUUUGGUAGCAAUAGAAUAUUUUAUGGUGCAGUUAUCUCCAUUGUAUUUUGAGGGCUUCAACCCAAACGUUAGAACAGACCACUUACCUAUAAUGGCCUAAAAGUUUGCUACCUCUGCUUUUUUAUGAAGUUUUUUAUAUUCCUCAUAGUAAAUAGAGAUAGCACCUUAACUGUUUUAGUUUGUUAAAUGUUAUCUAAAGUUUUUGUUUCUAGUGGAAAAUGGAGAAGCCACAUUACCAGACAUGCCUUUUACUUCUCCAGCUAGUCUCUUAAAUAACUGGAAGGGAACUGCUUGGGAUUAACACUUUCUCAGUAAGCUCUAAGAGCUCUUUAAGGAUAGCUUUAAGGUCACCAAAUAUAGUUUCAAAAUCCAGCAGCUAAUCAUAGGGUUGAAAAAAUGGGGGCUUUUAACUAGGGCCAUUUCUUUUUAUAAGGCAGCUUCAUUGUGGGAAAGUUUCCUAAGAGGUAAUAGACAUUGUGGAUUCAAAGGCAAUUAUAUUGUUAAGCUGAAAUUACCUUCCUCCUCUUUUGCAUGUAGAGAAAUUGCUAAGCUUUGUUUUCUCCAUCAAUGAAGUAGAAAUACAACCAAGUAUCACUGCUGAAAGGAAUACCAAGAAAGUCAAGAUAAAGUGUACCUAUUAUAGUUUAAUGUGUAAUUCCAUAAAGAAGCAGCUAGAUCUUACUUGCAAUAACAGACCAGACACAGAAACACAAAGAUCUUGGUUAAACAUGAAAAGGAAUUGCCUGGCAGAGAGUGUAUACUAUAAAGCUAAGUAGUCCAGUGCUUUUCAAAGCAGAAUCCAGUUCCUGCUAUAAUGUAUAUUGCUAAGGGAGAAUGUGAAAUUUUUUCUCCUGACAGUCCUUCAAAUGGAUUAACUUCCACUACACCUCUCCUGACCUACCCAAGGACUGAGUUCUCAUACACUUCAGCCUCUUCUAAGGGAGUUAGAUUUUGCCUAAUUCAAAGAACAAAGAAAGGAAAGAGGAUUGAUUUCCAACCAGCUUCCUGGAUAUUGACAAGGCCAGACCUUCUAAGUCUUGAAUCCCAACAAGCGAGAAGCAGUUUUUCUUCCUUUGAGUUCUCACAGCCCUUUGUGUUUCUCUUAGAUUCCUAAUAACUUGCCUUGUUAACUGUCUAUUUCUUUAUCUCACCUCCUAGAUCAUAAAGUCCUUGUAAAAGGAAUCUUUUUUCAUCUUUGAAAAAAGGUUUUAUUCAUCUUUGUGUUUGUUGUCUGCUUCAAACCUGCUACAUUUAAUUAGCACUGUUACAAGUGGGUACCUCUUUGGACCUAACUGGUUCCUCCCAUCUACUCCCAUUCCUAUACCCCCCAACACAUACUACUAACCAGGGUACCAUUUUUCUCCCGAUCUUCUCCCUCCCCUUACAUAAAGAUUUAUCCUUCCAUCCUCACAAACUGAAACUUUGCUUAAGGUUUCAAGCAGGCCACUUCUAAUCAAGCAAAGAUUCCUACCACUGUUCUCAUUUUAUCUCCCUGACUACCAGCACCAUUCCUUUACUCUCUCCCGCCUUCUUUGUUACUGUCAAAGGUAUUCUUUUUCCACCCACAAUCUCCCCACACUCAUAGAAAACAAAGGGUGCACUGUUGGGAAGGAGAUUGCAUAUGGACGUUAGAAGGAAAGAUUGCAAAGUCCACUAUGAAAGCAGGCUGGUUAGCCUAUGAGGUGCCUGAUCAUCAUCCUUUGUCCUUGGGUGAAUGCUGUCUGUCCUGAAGUCUGUCACUCAGUGUAGGAAGGAGCCAACUCCGGCUUCACUCCCCAGAGUCAAUCAUGAGAAGGAGAAACAGAGGGAGGGAGGUUUGGAAGGCAGUGAGAGCUUGUACAUGCUGCUUCAGAGAUGCCAGAGGUAGCAGGAGACCCAGUCUGUUUCCCAUUGUAUGGUAUUCUCAUUAUUGAUAGAUGGUGGACGUCCUUCAUUCUGAUAGCUAUGAUUGCUC